CGUGACGCAGUUUUUAUUAGGCGACGGGAGGAGAGAGUAGCAGUUGGUUCUUUUCUUCUAACAGUACAUUUAGCCCGACUAAUAUCAUGCAGAUAUUUGUGAAAACUUUGACUGGUAAGACCAUCACCCUAGAGGUUGAACCAAGUGAUACCAUUGAGAAUGUUAAAGCUAAAAUCCAGGACAAAGAAGGUAUUCCUCCAGAUCAACAGCGUCUGAUCUUUGCUGGAAAACAACUUGAAGAUGGGCGUACCCUUUCAGAUUAUAACAUUCAGAAAGAAUCCACUCUGCACUUGGUUCUACGUCUGAGAGGUGGCAUGCAGAUCUUUGUCAAGACCCUUACUGGCAAAACAAUUACUCUGGAGGUUGAACCAAGUGAUACCAUUGAGAAUGUUAAAGCUAAAAUCCAGGACAAAGAAGGUAUUCCUCCAGAUCAACAGAGAUUGAUCUUUGCUGGCAAGCAGCUUGAAGAUGGGCGCACUCUCUCUGACUACAACAUCCAAAAAGAAUCCACUUUGCACUUAGUUCUACGUCUGAGAGGUGGCAUGCAGAUCUUUGUCAAGACCCUGACUGGCAAAACAAUUACUCUGGAGGUUGAACCAAGUGAUACCAUUGAGAAUGUUAAAGCUAAAAUCCAGGACAAAGAAGGUAUUCCUCCAGAUCAACAGAGAUUGAUCUUUGCUGGAAAACAACUUGAAGAUGGGCGUACCCUUUCAGAUUAUAACAUUCAGAAAGAAUCCACUUUGCACUUGGUUCUACGUCUGAGAGGUGGCAUGCAGAUCUUUGUCAAGACCCUGACUGGCAAAACAAUUACUCUGGAGGUUGAGCCUAGUGACACCAUUGAGAAUGUUAAAGCUAAAAUUCAAGACAAAGAAGGAAUUCCUCCAGAUCAACAGCGUCUGAUCUUUGCUGGAAAACAACUUGAAGAUGGGCGUACCCUUUCAGAUUAUAACAUUCAGAAAGAAUCCACUUUGCACUUGGUUCUACGUCUGAGAGGUGGCAUGCAGAUCUUUGUCAAGACCCUGACUGGCAAAACAAUUACUCUGGAGGUUGAGCCUAGUGACACCAUUGAGAAUGUUAAAGCUAAAAUUCAAGACAAAGAGGGAAUUCCUCCAGAUCAACAGCGUCUGAUCUUUGCUGGUAAACAACUUGAAGAUGGGCGUACUCUUUCAGAUUAUAACAUUCAGAAAGAAUCUACAUUGCACCUUGUACUCAGGCUCAGGGGUGGUAUGCAGAUUUUUGUGAAGACCUUAACUGGUAAAACAAUUACCCUGGAAGUUGAACCAAGUGACACCAUUGAAAAUGUAAAAGCCAAGAUUCAAGAUAAAGAAGGAAUUCCUCCUGAUCAGCAGAGGUUGAUUUUUGCUGGAAAGCAGCUUGAAGAUGGGCGCACUCUCUCAGACUACAAUAUCCAAAAAGAAUCCACUUUGCACUUAGUUCUACGCUUGAGAGGAGGCAUGCAAAUCUUUGUCAAAACCCUGACAGGAAAAACCAUUACCCUUGAAGUUGAGCCAAGUGACACCAUUGAGAAUGUUAAAGCUAAAAUCCAGGACAAGGAAGGAAUUCCACCAGAUCAACAGCGUCUGAUCUUUGCUGGAAAACAACUUGAAGAUGGACGCACCCUUUCUGAUUACAACAUCCAAAAAGAAUCAACUUUGCAUCUGGUUCUUCGACUCAGAGGUGGCAUGCAAAUUUUUGUGAAAACUCUGACUGGGAAAACCAUUACACUGGAAGUGGAGCCCAGUGACACCAUUGAAAAUGUAAAAGCCAAGAUUCAAGAUAAAGAAGGGAUUCCUCCUGAUCAGCAGAGGUUGAUUUUUGCUGGCAAGCAGCUUGAAGAUGGGCGCACUCUCUCAGACUACAAUAUCCAAAAAGAAUCCACUUUGCACUUAGUGCUUCGGCUAAGAGGUGGGAUGCAGAUUUUUGUCAAGACCCUGACUGGAAAAACAAUUACUCUGGAGGUUGAGCCUAGUGACACCAUUGAGAAUGUUAAAGCUAAAAUCCAGGACAAAGAAGGAAUUCCUCCUGAUCAACAGCGUCUGAUCUUUGCUGGUAAACAACUUGAAGAUGGGCGUACUCUAUCAGAUUAUAACAUUCAGAAAGAAUCCACUCUGCACUUGGUUCUACGUCUGAGAGGUGGCAUGCAGAUCUUUGUCAAGACCCUGACUGGCAAAACAAUUACUCUGGAAGUUGAACCCAGUGACACCAUUGAAAAUGUAAAGGCCAAGAUCCAGGAUAAAGAAGGAAUUCCUCCAGACCAACAGAGAUUGAUCUUUGCUGGCAAGCAGCUUGAAGAUGGGCGCACACUUUCAGACUACAACAUUCAAAAAGAAUCUACUCUGCACCUUGUCCUGCGCUUGAGGGGAGGGUUUUGAAGCAUUCACUUGUGUUCUUUUCAAACAGUUGAACUGUUGCUUUUGCUGCACUUUGUUUCAAUAAAGAUUGCAUUCCAAAAAUG